CAGCAAACGCACACAAGGGGAGGAUGAUUUGGGGAAAGCAGGCACUGGCUGUGCACAGGGUGUCGCACGCGAUGAUGGUGCGGACCACGGCCACUGUGCGCACCAUGAGCUGGUGGCAUCGCUUCUUCGGUGGCGAGGAGGCCCUGCAAGAGCGAAAGCGCAAGAACAUGGAGAAGCGACAGGCGAUCAUCAGCCAGUUCAAGACCAUCAGCCCUCUGCAGGAGUUCAAGCAGAACCGCGGCAAACGGCACGAGGCCCCAACAACGCUCGCCAUGGCGGCCGAGGCACCGUUGUUCCCACAUGUCAAGGGAACAAGUGUUGCAGGGUCGCCCGUCGCUCUGCCUCCUGCAAACCCAGCUGCCAUCACAGCAGUCCUCAUCUUCUUCCGUGAGAUCAGCAAGCCCAUGGUGAAUGCUUAUGAGACGGCGCUGCAGGAGGCUGCCCAGGCGUCACAUGCAGACCUGGACACGUUCACGCUUCUUCCGCUGGAGGGCCGCCUUCAGUCACUGUUCUCCUCCUCCGUAUCCGCGGCAAUGGCCAAGCAGUACCCGCCAGAGAACCACGACCAUGUAUGCAUUGUGAAGGACAACGUUGACAGCAUCAAAGACGAGCUUUCGCUUUUUUCGCCUUACACGUGCUUCUGCUUCAUCCUCGAUCCACGCGGGCGCAUUCGAUGGCGGGCCCACGGCCACCCCUCUGCUGCGGAGAUUGCGACCAUCGCGGACGUGGUGGUGCCGGGCCUGCAGCGCGAGGCCAAAGCAGCGGCGCUGCGCAGGAGUGUUGGUAACAGCAGCAGCAGCAGCGGUGGUGGUGGUGGUGGUCAGGUGAAGGAUAGGGGACCUACGAGGAGACCCACAGGAAGCAGCUGAUAAUGAGCAGGGCGGUGAUUGUUGUGGUUCUUGCUGUGGCGGUGAUUGGUGGCGGCUAGCGCUGGUGCUGACGUUGUGGUGUGUGUGUGUGUGUGGGUGCUGAAUUGAAGACUUUUGCUCUCUUGCUUGCAAUUUCGCUGUCUACUGUGAAUUCCACGCCGCAUAUUAGGACCACAAACCAGCGGAAACCAAAACAAAACCAGAGAGGAAUAAACACUUAAACACGUG